AUGCCAACUAUGAAGGAAGCCAUCGUGCCCAAGGGCCUUGCCGUCCAGAUUGUCGACACGCCCAUCCCGACCCCGCGCCCGGACGAGGUGCUGAUCAAGGUCGUCGUGAGUGGGACGAACCCCAAAGACUGGAAACUCCCAGACUGGCUGGACCAGGCUGGCAACCAGGGCGACGACAUUGCGGGCAUUGUCGAGGCCGUCGGCAACAAUGUCACCGAGUUCAAGAAGGGUGACCGCGUCAUGGCCUUCCACGAGAUGACCAAGCCUGGUGGAAGCUACGCCGAGUACGCCCUGGCCUGGCAGCAUACCACCGCCCACCUGCCCAAGCCCAUCUCGUUCGAGGAGGCGGCAACCAUCCCCCUCGCAGCCCUGACCUCCGUCGCCGUCCUCUACCACCACCUCGCCCUCCCAGCCCCCUGGAGCCCGGCCACGACCUCCAUCCCGCUCGUCAUCUACGGCGGCGCCUCCGCAAUCGGCGCGUACGCCAUCCAACUCGCCCGCAAGAGCAACAUCCACCCGAUCAUCGCCAUUGCCGGCCGCAGCGGCUCCUUCGUCGAGAACCUGAUUGACCGCUCGAAGGGCGACACCAUCAUCGACUACCGCCAGGGCGACGAGGCCGUUGUCGCCGGUAUCAAGGAUGCGCUCAAGGGCGCGCAGCUCUUCCACACCUACGACUGUGUGAGCGAGGGAUCGAGCUUUGUCAACCUGGGUAAGGUUGUUGCGCCGGGCGGCAAGAUCGUUACGGUCCUCCCGUUCCAGGAUUACCCGGGUGUUCCGGAGCAUGUGGAGGUAGUCAAGAACUCGGUUGGCUGUGUGCAUGAGGAUCAGAAGGAUUUGGGGUAUGUUUACUUCCGGUAUCUGGCCAAGGGAUUGCAGGAUGGGUGGUUCAAGCCGCAUCCCCAUGAGGUUGUGCCGGGGGGCCUUGGGGGCUUGGAGACCGCACUGAGUAAUCUGAGGGAUGGCAAGGCCAAGGCAAACAAGUAUGUUGUGCGCAUUGGCGAGACGGCGGGGCUUUGA